AUGACGAGUGGAAGGAAAAUCAAAGUGACGAGUCCUGUCUCUGGAAGCUCAUUCCAAGACAUCAGCCACCUUGAGAAGAACCUUUUUUCUUCCAAGUCGAUCAACCUACAGAAAGAGCCGCGAGCGAUGGAGCAAAAUGGAGGUAUAAAUCCGACGUUUUCUAGUGUAUUUGAAGGCGCAGGACGUAACUUACCCGGGAACUUUUUUGGUCCCGGUUAAACUUUUGUUGAAACUUUGCUGAAGUCUCCUCAGGCUCGUACAAGGGCCGGCCCGUCAGCCUAUCGGCCUCCCAACCAUUUCCUUAGCGGGGCCUCAAGCAAAAUUUUCUAGCCCUGCCAAGAAAGUUCGAAUCUUUUUCAAGUCGAAAAUCAACCCUUUUUUUUUCAAAAGUCACGUAAUGCUCAUUUUUUCAAUUAGAGUUUAAAAAUAACUAUGAUUUUAAAAGCGAAAACAGUUUCUUGGUGAAAAUGUUUUCAAUGAGGUUUGAAUUGUUCUUCGAAGGCUGGUCCCAAGCCCGCCCGGGCCUUUUCUCAAAAAGAAAGCCCAAAGCAUUUACACCCCGUGGGGGUCACAAAAAUAUAGAAUUCAGCUCUUCGGAGACUUACAAACUUUGGAAGUGUUUUAGCUAUUUCCAAGCUGGUCACGUUCUCCAAGAUGACGGUCAACUGGAUCACUCAAAACUUGGGUAAGUGGAUAUUUCAGUCAAAUCGUAAAAUGCUACUCCGUGACGACAUCCCUAUGACGUUAUCGUCAGCUAGUAAUAACGAACUUAUCAAAUAAUUGGAAAUGUUCUUCAAAAAAGGUUUUUUUCUUGAAAAUUUCAAUGGCUCCCUCCUAUAUCUUUAAUAUGAGCAAUACCGAACAAAGAGAUGUUAAUUUUUUUAAAGUUUGAAUAAAAUUCUUUUUGCAUCUUGUGACAAACUUUCAUCAAGAUUUGUUGAUUUAUGCCGAGAUAUAGAUUUUCGAAGCUUUUCACCGUAAUCGUUUGAGCUACCGUAUCUCAAAACUAGCCGAAUGAGGAUAUUCGGUUUUGUGUUUAAAAAAUCCUAAAAAUCAUUUUUACAACAUAUUUUAUUUAGAGAAAAAGUUAACAAAACGCCCAAAUGGCGCAGAAGAAGUCUGCGCCUAACCUAUGACCUAGAAAACUUCAAAUAUCAAAAGACUUCGACAGUGUUUUUCUCAUGCUUCAAACAAAAAAAUCUCCAACUAGAAAAAACUACCGGAUCUUGACUUUCAAAUCUAAGAAAGUCUUUAAGGAAGUGAGCCUGAAAGGAUUUUUGAUGGAGGCGACCGGCUGGAGAGCGGACAGGAGGCCAACCCGAAAACGCUUGGUGAGGCGGGGAGCCCCAACCAGAAAACGGACGGCAGUAAGAUCCAAAAAACGAAAGAAGAAGGUUUUUUUUCUUUGAAAGUUAUCAAUCAUAUAUAAGCAUCACCAGCCAAUCUGAGAAUGAUCCUCACGAGGAAAGCAAAGUAAUGAUUUCAUGAAAAAGAGGCAGAAUUAUUCAGAUUUAACAAUUUGAUACAGAAAAAGACACCUCAAAAACCAAAGAAAAAAACUUUAGAAAUUUUAGAAAUUAGAAGUUUCAAAUUGAAAUGCUUCCUUCUCAGUGGGAAAUUCCGAGUUCGUAGAAUUUUGAUUGAAGCUGGCUAUAGUCCGUUUUUCGCGACUUGAAACGGCUGUUUUCCCUCUAGAGAAAGAUUUUUGAUAGUGUCGAUUCAGACCAGUUUUCAAAUUGUUACCAAAUCCUAGUCAGAAAUCUCAGCAAAAGAAAAAAAUUGAACAGUUUUGCAGGCCAUAUUGCGUACGAGGUAGAAGGAAGCGAAGCUCAAAAAGACAAAGAAAUGAAAGGAGACUUGCUAGAGCAGAAGACGAAUUACAAGAAAGAAGACAAUGACAAACUAGUCUUAGGAAAAAUUUUGACAGACCCUAUCAAAAAAUCUACGCUCAUAAAAAUAUCGGUAUCUUCUCAGCCAAUAAAAACCCUGGCGGAUAGGAGAAGAAGUAUGAAGAGUGAGUUUUGAUGUUCCUCCUGUCAAAGAAACAAUAAUUUUGCAAUAAUGAGUUCUGAACGAAAUAAGGCAGACUGGAGGAAGUUUAGUGGCCACACUGAAGCGGAUCAAUACUAGUGGUCUCUUUAGAAGUCUGAGUGGUACUACUAGACCUCUAAACGUUUUGAAGGCCACUAAGAAGCAAAAUAUUGACCUUAAGAAGGGGUUUUAGUAGCCCCUUUAGUGAGCUUCCCAAGUAGUUCUUGAGGAACCUCUCAAGUGGCCACUCAAGUUUUUUUCCAGAGAACUGAAUAAUUGACGCUAAAAAGUACGCAUACACUUAGAGGACGCGCACGCGAUUUUGCGGAUAUGUACAAUAAUCCAGAAUUCCCGCAAUCAUUUCCUUCUUGAAUGAUACCACUAAAAAUUUUUGGGAGCUUUAUUUCAAAAUAGGCAUCAAAAAAGAAGAAAAACAUUUGAGCAUUUUUUUUUUAUCUAAAAAAGAUACUGUUCACCAUUUUAACUAUAGGAGGGGAAGUUCACGAGUUGCUUGUGCCGGAACGAGAGGAGAAAAAGAUGGACGUCGCCCGAAGUGAUGACGAUAUUAUGGAACACUUUAUCUACUACCACGGGUAAGAAGUUUUUGACUGCAUGUAAAUCGAUCCUUUCCAGGUUCUUACCGCAAUUGGAAACUAUGAGGUUCAUCAGAAGGGCCGGAGAUUUUCUUCUCAGAAAGAUGGAAGGUACAUGAAAAGGAGAUAGUUGUCAAGUUUUGACUUUUUGAGACGACGGAAAGGAUCAUCUUCUCUUGUCAGUUGGGGUUUUGAUGGAAUUCGAGGAGGACGAAAGCGACCGUAAUUUAUUUUUGUUGUUGUAUUGAUAUGGAAAAAGAAAAAUGGUUAAAGGGAUCUAAGACUUUAAAAAAACACUGUUUUUUAUCCUGACCAAGAUUUUACCAGAGCUCUGUUCAUCGGAAAAAGGAAACUUUUCAAAACGCCUCAAAAUUGCUCAAAAAUUAAGCUAUUCUUGUUUCGGAGAAAAUUUAGAGCUCCUAUGAACCAUUUUUGCCUUCGUUCGCCGACGUGCCGAGGCAUAUUUAGUUACCAAUUCAGUGGCGUCAGAUCUCUUAAAGGCAUAGGGGCAGUAAAAAACGGUGUUUCAGUUCAAAGCAGUAUUCUGUAGAGCUUUUCAUUGCGAAUCGAAGGGUAAACUUGGAAACGUACAGAACUUCCUAGUUUAAAAAAAAAUUCAAAGUGGGAGAGAGGAAAGUUUGAGUUCCCGCGAAAAAGGCACUUUGCAGUAAAGUUGCUCUAUGGACAACAGGCUUCGCCAUCUUCCAGAUAUUCGCUUUUUUCUUUUAAAGUUGUCACAUCUGUAAUUUUUUUGAGUACACCAUUCGAUUCGCAAAGAAAACUAUAUAAGAUACUGCUUUCACCUGAAACCUCAUUUUUUACUGCCCCUAUGCCUUUAAGUGUUCCCUAGAAUUGCUGGGAAACGCCCGGUUCUCGUCACCGAGGUCCGAGUGCUUGAACGCAAUUGUGUCCUCUUGAAUAUUAUUAAUUUUCUUUUCUCCAUCAAGAGUCUUUUGGCUUGUAAUCUCACUUUCCUCAUCCAAUUUUACAGUUUUGGACGAGAACAUUGGGAAAGACCAACCAGUCCGAAUCGAAGACUAUGUGGUCCGUCGGGAUGAACUCGGCGUUUUUCUGGAAGACGAAAAUCGUUUUGAAUGUCUCGAGGAUCUUUUGACUUUCUAUAUUCUGCAUCCGGACAAGGUGGAAGCUUUUGAUAGACGGAAGGAGAGGGAAGAAAAUCCCUUUCAGGACUCGCUGAACAUCAAGUUGCUACGGGGCUGUCCCAUUUGCCUGUUUCAAAUAAGGGAAAGGAAUAUCGUUCGGAUUGAGGACGUAAGUUUUGAAACACAUAAAUUAGAAUAGUUUCUCCAAACUACCGUCAGCUCCAAGUCCUGGUCGCCGAAAGCGGAAAUGAUAGUUUUUAAGAAAAGAUGUAUUGGUUUAGAGUGGAAAUCCCCCCCCCCUUUUUUUUUAAAUGUCAUUCAAAUUGGCUAAAAGCGCAAUGAAGGCAAAUUUUUGCUAUAGAGCGUUAACUUUUGCAAAAAGAGUGUAUGCUGUCGAUUCAGAAGGUCUAAUCAGUUCGAUUAAAGGAAAAUGAAGCACAUUUUCUGAAUUUUUAGAAAAUAAAGAUAACAUCAAAGAGGCUAUACAGGUUUCAAAAUCAGAUCUAGUGAAGUAAGCGAGUUCUGGAGAGAGUAUAAAGUGAGAGAGCUGAAGAAAUCAGUGUAAAACUAUUUUUGAGGGUGUUUUGAAGAUUUUCAACAUGAAACAGGGUGUUCUCAAACGAAGAUUACCUCGUAUAGUCCAUUUGAAUGACGAGACGUCAAAACGCAAAGGCCUUUCGAAGAAAAAGUCACUACGCUCUUACUAUCGGGUUGGUGAGGGGCUGAUUAGGUUUUUUAAAAAGCCGAAGGCUUGUUUUACCGGGGAAAAAAGUUUCUGAUUCAAAAUCGAAGUUUCUUCGAAGAUAUGAUUCAUCGAAUCUUAAGAGAAAAAUCUCCAUUUUCACGAUUUUUGGUUUUUUGCUCUCAAAUCUGGUUUGACAUAAGCAAAUGCGUUUUUCUUCUGGAAAAGAGUUACUGCGUAGCUAUUUAAAAUCUGGGCAAAGUUUCAAGUCAUUCGAGCCACUUUCAGAGAAGUUAUGCUCGAAUAACCACUUUGAAAUACCUUUAUGGCCAGUACUGUACGUAUGUAAAAAGCUUUGGAAAGGCUGUUUAUUUUCAAACAGGGUAAUUAACUUGAUUGCUAUAAAUUUAUAGCUUCCGGUUUUAAAGGUCGAACCGGUUGGGUUAAGGCAAAAUGGAGCAAAUUUUCUGGAAGUUAAAAAGAAAAAAAAUCUACCGUGCUUCAUGUAUGUAUCGAAGCACGGUAGAUUUUUUAGGUAUGUAUCGGGAAGCGUAAUCGACUCGGCUUAUCAAGACUAAUAUUUGCUUUAUACGAAUCUUCAACUUAUAUUGAACUUUUGCGAAAAUCCUCAACAAGCCAGAACAAACGGCUUUCCGUUUUCGAAUCUCAUUUCUGAGAAGUAAGUUGACCCUAAAACUAAAAAUACUUCUUCAGCUGGGGAGCGGGAAUUUCGGCGACGUUUUUCUGGGCGAGAUCAUGUCAAUCGGGAUUCUUGAGAAAUAUGCCGCUGUCAAAACUGUGAGUUCAGCGAAAGUUGCCGAGAAAACUCGUGAUUACAGGUGAAGAAGGACUGCCCCGGGAUGCGGAAACUCAGCGAAAAGCUGAUCGCAGAAGCACAUGUGAUGAUGAAUCUCUGCCACGAGAACGUGGUUGAGAUGUACGGCUGGAUGAUCGAUCGGAAACCCUUCAAGUUGAUUCUGGAAUACAUGCCUGGUGGGUGACUAUUGAACAGUAGCUCGAAAUAGGUAAAAUCAGAUAUUUUACUGUCAUUUUUGUGCUGCCUUCUAAUGGAGAAAUUCUUCUUAUCUGUUCUAGUUUCACACACAUCCGCAAAUAAAGAACUCAAUAAGUCCGGGAGUAGUGGUUGACUCACGAAAAUUCCGAAAAGUUUCAAAAUUGAACUUCUAACCUCAAGGAGGUGGUUUUGAAAGUAUGCAUGCGUCCACGUUCAAAUCAAGAAAAGUUAGGGAGCUCUCAAAAAGGAGAGAGUCUUUUUUCCCACUCAAAGCCUCAUUACUUACCUUUUAAAUAUUUGAAAACAGAAAAAAACAAAAAAACAAAAAAAUUGCCUUUUUUUCCUUAUUUUUUUAAAGACAGAUAUAGGCGCGUUCUGAGUGAAAUAAACCCCAAACUCAUACAAACUAACUAGGGAACGUUUUUUACCCCCCGGUUGAACUUUUGACGAAACUUUGCAGAGAUGUACUUUGAGGUCUCCUGAAUCCAGAACAAGAAAAAAAUUUCUCGCAAUAGACCUUGUUUUCGAGAUAUGCAGCCUCGAAGUUUGCACGUGAGAUCUGCGGAAGCAUGGAAGAGGGAAUAUGUUGCGCGCAGUGUCGGCUGAAUGCCAGGUGAUUCGUGGCAGAGUGGUAUGAGGGCGCGUACUAUGUGCGAGCUGUGGUGGGUUCGAAACCCCUUUGCUGACGAGUUUUGCAAAAAAUCUUUUGCCAAAACUCCAAUCAUUCAAAGCCAUUCACCUGGAUGGAACGAAUUGAAAUAAACUAAUUUUGUGGAAUAAAAAAAAUUUCCAUUCUCAAAAAUUUUGAAAUGAUGAUUGAAUAUCAACCCGUCUGAAGUAUAACAAUAUGCAAAAACACAACCAAUACAUUCAAACCAAACAAAAAUUUCAGCGCUUUUGACAAAAACAAAAAAAUCUUUCUAAAAAAAUUCAAAUGAAUAAAGGAAGACUGUUGCGAAGAGUUUGAAAAGUUGCAUCAUCCUUCUUUAAACAUUCGGCAAAAGAUUUUUUGCAAAAUUUGGCAGAGAAAUGGGGCCGAACCCACUACAGUUCGCACAUAGUGCGCGCCCUCAUACCACUCUGCCACGAAUCACCUGGCAUUCAACCGACACUGCGCGCAACAUAUUCCCUCUUCCAUGCUUCCGCAGAUCUCACGUGCAAACUUCGAGGCUGCAUAUCUCGAAAACAAGGUCUAUUGCGAGAAAUUUUUCUUGUUCUGGAUUCAGGAGACCUCAAAGUACAUCUCUGCAAAGUUUCGUCAAAAAGUUCAACCGGGGGUAAAAAAACGUUCCCUAGUAAGCCUUUGUGAUUUAAAAAAAGACUAAAAAAAUAUUAAGGUUCAAUCUGACCAGGUAACCCCCCCCGCCCAAAGGCGUGAAAAAAAUACGCGCACACGCAGCCCUCGGUAAGUAUAGUCGAUCCUUUCCGACUUGAAAGGAGAAGCAGGUUAUGAAAGGGGCGGGACGCGUAACCUGCGCUACGCGGUUCAUGGCACAAGUUCAAUUCAAGCCACCGACUGUUAGGAAAGCUCGUUCUCCCCUUUUUCUCUCUCUUUUACUAUUUUUUCAAUAUAAAAAGGAGAAAAUUAUUGAAGAAUCAAAAAUGGAAUGAAAAGAGCGUCUCAGGCGAAUCUUGGGAAGGUGAAAGGUGUAUGGAAGCUAGAAGGUCUUGAGAAAGCCUUUGGAAGGUGUUCGGAAGGCAGAUGGAAGGUAUUUUGACGGUGAAAUUGGAAAAUGCCUGCCAGAAGCCAUCCAGAAGCCGGGAAAGUUUCUGGUAGGCUUCUGGCAGGCUUUUUUUAUAGUAGAAGGUGUUAGAAAGCUAUGUGGAAGGCGUUCGAUCACUUGCUAAAAAGCUUCGAAACGCCUUACGAGGAGCCGAAAGCAGAUCUUCCCCAUUUUUACCCGAGGGUGGACUUGCACUCCAAACAGUCGGUGGCGCUUGAGUCGAACUCGAGCCAAUAACCGCGUACGCGCACGCUACGUCACGUAGCCUACGUGUCUUACCCCCUUCUCCGCCUCCCUCGCCUUUAAAGGGGGAAUGGACUAUAGAGAAAUCCGAAACUUUCGAAUAUACUUUCUUUUAUUGUAAUCGCAACCGAGAGACUUUAGAGAGAUUUUAUUAUAAGGCAUUAUUCUUUAAUCCUCAUGUUAAUCUUGAGCACUCUUCAGGAGGCUCUUUGGAAAACUACCUCCUGAAACAUUUUGAUGAGGCCAGCGACUCGUGUCUUUUGAAAUUCGCCCUGGAUGCCGCCAAAGGGGUCCAGUAUUUGCAUGAAAACGAGCUGAUCCAUCGUGAUGUGGCCGCGCGGAACUGCCUGCUGAGUGCCGACCAAACGGUUCGAGCCUAAAUAUAUGAGAAGAAAGAAAGUUUCCUAUUUUAUCCAGGCAAAGAUUGCUGAUCUGGGUCUCACCGUACGCGGCAGCAUUUUUUGGAUGAAGCAGGCAGAGACGCUGCCGACGCGGUUCCUGGCGCCGGAAACCCUGGCGAUCUUCGUCUUCACCUACGCAUCCGACAACUACUCCUUCGGCGUGAGUUGCCGUGUAUCACACUAGACGGAGAAAAGAACACUUUCAGAACCUCUUGUUUGAAAUCUUCUCAGGUGGUCUGAUGCCCCAUGAGGAACUCAGUUGUGCAGAUGCUCGGAAAAAGGUUGGUUUCAAUCUCCCUCUGGAGCACCAAGGGCUCAGAAUCAGAAAAUAACCUGUUUUAAGGGGUUUGUUCUCCCGAGAAAGAGGUUGAUUCGUGGUUUGGAACGUUUAGUCGGUUAAAAAUGAUCGAAAAAGCUGUACCCUGUAGGGGCCACUUUUGCAAGCUGUAUUGGCAACAAUAGGGGAAGGUUGAGAGCUCCUUAGGGGAGACCUGCAAGAGGUCACUAUAGUGGCCACUCGGGAGUUCCCAAGCCAGAAAUCCUCUUCUAUCUAAUUUGAUCUCAAAUUCCACGUUUUACCUCUCAAGAGGACCAGUUGUUUUGACUGAUUUAAAUGAAGGUUUUCUAAAGUUCAUCAAAGCCUUUGCGCUCCUCUUAUCAGACCAUUUUUCGCAUUCAGAUUUUGGAUGGCAAAACCAGCGACCUAGAACAAACUCGAGCUCCUCCAGCUCUUCGGCCCUUUAUCAAGGAAAAACUUUGGGCCUACGCUAUGCGUGAAAGGGCCGGUAUGGACGAAGUUUGCCUCAUUUAGUCCCUUCAGUUUAUUUUUUGCGAAUUUUCCAGAUUGUCAAAGUCUUGAAAGACACUUACCGCAGCUGCAAGAAGGUCAGUUUACAUGGAGAGAUAUUUUUCUAAUUGAAAAACAUUUCUUCAGCAAGAAGGACUGCCGAGGACGAUCACAAAUGAGGAGACCGUGAGUUUGAAACUUCUGAAGUUUUUUUUUGAUAAAUUUGAUGGUUCACUUUCUAGAAAAUUGUGAAUUUCAGUCGAAUGAAUAUAAUAUCAUCAUAUGAGGACCAGCGAUAAAAUUGAGAAAUUGUCGACGAAAUCGACGCUCUUAUUUUUGUUUCGCAGAACUUUUGAGUACUUUUUCUUAUUUUUGUGAACAUUGGUCAAAAGGUUACCUCAAAAAUCGUCCUAAAAGUCUCAAGCUGAAGAACUUACGGAUUUACAAGAAACGAAGGCUUUAAUCAUGAAAACUUCCAGUUUUGAUGAUUUUUUUUUUGAUUCUGAAGGAUCCUUUGUUUGUGCAAGUUGAACUUGUCAAGGUUAUCGUCGGGUACAUCAAAGAGUAUUCUCGUCAUCUUUCUGAGAAUUUAUAACCGAAACCUUCAACGAUAGCCCAACUUCUGAAAGUCUAAAUUUCCUCCUAAAUUUACUUCAGGGAGACAAAGAAGACGGGAUUUUGAAAGGAGUUCCUAAAAAACGCCGGCGCGAACCCGUGAACCGGAAGGUCAGUUGCAAUUUUUGCCUGACCUAAUAUCAAGACGUUUUCUAGGAGAUUAUGGAAGAAGUUGUCCCAACACAAGAAGAUUGA